AAACCAUAACAUGGUAGAAGCGACGGUGCCGCUCCAUCACAACAACAACAGGGACGCUCCACAGUGAGGGAAACCUUUAUGCAAACUGCACCUGUUAUCAAGAAGAGUGAGGGAAACUCCGCACACACAGACAGCACAUAUCCUAAACAAGAAUAAAUUACUUAUUAUCAAGAAGAGGAAGCUGCAAGUAUUUUCAAGACGAAUGUAGAGUGUCCACACACCAGCACCCAAGCCUGACUUCUUGAACGUUAGCACAACUCUUGCAGUCGUCAAGAAAAACUUCAUAUAAACUUUACGCUCAUAAAGAAGACGAAUAUGAAUUUAGAACUGCUUGAAUCCUUUGGGCAGAACUAUCCUGAAGAGUUUGAUGGAGCCCUUGAUUGUGCAUCAUUAGCUGUCACAUGUGCAUUUAACAGACGGGGAACACUCUUGGCUGUGGGAUGUAAUGAUGGACGUAUAGUUAUUUGGGAUUUUCUAACCCGUGGCAUUGCAAAGGUUAUAAGUGCUCAUGUUCACCCCGUUUGUUCUCUCAGUUGGUCUAGAGCUGGAUACAAGCUUGUGAGUGUCUCCACUGACAACAAUGUGUGCAUCUGGGAUGUGCUGUCGGGAGAGUGUGAUAUGAAAUAUAGGUUCCCUUCGCCUGUCAUGAAGGUUCAGUUUCACCCAAGAAAUGACAAGAUGUUCUUGGUUUGCCCAAUGAGGCAUCCUGCAGUAUUGGUUAAUGUAGAUUCUACACAUGAAAUUAUUCCUAUGGAUGAUGAAGGAGACGUCAACAUUGUUGCAUCCUUCGAUCGUCGAGGAGAACACAUUUUUACAGGCAAUAGUCGUGGAAAACUUUUAAUUCUGUCAUGUCCAGAAUUGAAGAUUAAAGCUACAUUUAGAAUCGGUCAAGGAACCACUAGUGCAGCAGCUGUGAAGAGCAUCGAGUUUGCCAGGAGGACAGAAUACUUUCUGGUGAACUCGGCCGAUCGUGUAAUUCGUGUAUAUGAUGCACGUAAAGUGUUGAAGUGUGGAAAAGAUGAUGAUCCUGAACCUACACAGAAGCUGCAGGAUCUUGUUAAUAAAACCAUGUGGAAAAAGUGUUGUUUCUCUGGAGAUGGGGAGUACAUUUGCGCUGGCUCAGCACGCCAACACUCUUUGUACAUUUGGGAACGAAGUGUUGGCAACUUGGUUAAGAUUCUUCACGGAACCAAAGGAGAAAUGCUGCUGGAUGUUGUGUGGCAUCCAGUAAGACCCAUUAUGGCAUCCAUCAGCUCUGGGGUUGUGUCCGUGUGGUCUCAGAACCAGGUAGAAAACUGGUCAGCCUUUGCUCCGGAUUUUAAAGAGCUUGAUGAAAAUGUUGAGUAUGAAGAACGGGAAUCAGAGUUUGAUCAGAGUGAUGAAGACAAGAGCGUUGAACUGAGCCAAGAGAGAAGAGAAGAAGAUGUGGAGGUUGAUGUGACUAGUACAGAACCAGUUACUGCCUUCUGUAGCUCAGAUGAAGAUGACGACAGCAAUGCUCUUUUGUACCUCCCCAUCUCUCCUGAAAUAGAAGAACCUGAAGAAGGCUGGGGUCCCGAGGGUGCACCAAAUGAAGAUCUCUCGUCCAAGAGAUCGGGUGACAGUAAAGAAAAUGUUUCUCCAAAAAAGAAGAGACCUAAAACAUUUGACAUUUCAUUAGAAAAUGCACCAACAGAUGAGGUUCAUCCACUGGUCAGCAACAGACCAAAGGAAAAGCAAGCUGCAGGAAACAAGAAAGGACGAAACAACUCCAAAGACUCAAAAAAGGAUAGAAAAAAACACUAAUAAAGGUUUAUAUACAUAUAUAGUAUUGUGUUUCUUUCCUUGAUAUCAAUAGAUUAUAACAAUAGUCAGUUCCUGUCCAAAUUGGGAUUAUUAUUUUUAGGACUUAGUAUAUACAGUAUGUGAUAUAUGUGAAAUACAGUAAUAUCUUUUUUUUAAAGAAAAUUUAUUGUUUUAACAAAAAUUAAAAGUUAAAAAACGAACGUCUUUCCAGUGUUUCACAUUUGUAAUUCAUUAUAAUUAUUAGGGCUUUAUUUGUAUAGUAUAGGAAAUUAAUAAAGGGUCCUAUGAAAAGGUUUAUGAAAUAAUAAUCACUGAUAAACAUGUUAUUUAUAAUAUAGAAGUGUACAUUCAUUUUAAAUUUUAUACUGAUGUUAAUUUAUAUAGGAAAACUAAAGUUAGUUUAAGCAGAUAUUUUCAAUCAGACUUACCAUUGAAAAUGGUACAGUCAGGUUUGAUUGUCAGAGUUAACUGGUUUUAGAAAUGCUUCUGUACAUAAUAAUUUUGGUUCAAGCGGAGCAUGUAUCUAAACAGUAAAUGUAAAUUGUGAGUUUAACAAUAUUUGCAAAUGCAAUUUUCUUGUAUACGAAUGUUUCUGUGUACUAUGCACACUUGAAGAUAUACAGUACAAUCAUUGUCCUUUUAUCUUAACUGUUCGGGACCGAGCCCUGAAGAAUAAUUGACAAGUUCAUACAGUACAUGUCUGGCAUGAUACAAAAUUCCAGGAAGACGCUGAGCUCGGCAUAUUGCAGUUGGGAGAGUUAGCAUAGAAUUUUUAGCACACCAUCAUUCCUUUUGCCUAUGGCAUUUCCCCAGUUAGACUGAAGGUAAUUUUAAUGAAUUUAACAAGCCUUUACAGGCAAAAUAUUUUAAAUUAAAGUCAAUGCUCAAUUUUGCAUUUUCUACACUAUUGAUGUAAUGUUUGUUGAUACAGUAGUGCUCACCAACUUCAGAUUUGUUUGAUUGUAAUUAUAAAUGUACUGUAUUAUCAUGUAGGAAUAAAGAGUGUUUAUUA